CCUGCAUAAAAAAAUAAAAAAGAAAACUAUCCAAGUGUACAACCGGGAGGGACUGCUUAAAGAACACAUGAGGCUGCCUGGGCCCUGCUAUCCCGGCACUUUGGGAGGCCGAGGCAGGAGGAUGGCUUGGGUUCAGGAGUUCGAGAUGCGCCUGGGCAACAUGACGCAACCCCGUCUCUACGAAAGAUACAAAGAUUAGCCAGGCGCGGUGCACGCUUGGCCUAAUUUUUGUAUCUUUCGUAGAGAUGGGGGGGGGUCUUGCUAUGUUGCCCGGGCCGGUCUCGAACUCCUGGGUUCAAGCGAUCUUCUCACCUUGGCCUUUAGAGUUGUUGGGAUUACAGGCGUGAGCCACCGCACCCUCCUGGGCUAGGCUAUUUAAUAACAUAAGAAAGUGCGGUGGCUCACGCCUGUAAUCCCAACACUUUGGGAGGCCGAGGCGGGUGGAUCACCUGAGGUCAGGAGUUUGAGACCAUCCUUGCCAAUAUGGUGAAACCCAGUCUCUACAAAAAUAUACAAAAAUUAGGCCGGGCGCGGUGGCUCACACCUGUAAUCUCAGCACUUUGGGAAGCUGAGGCGGGCUGAUCACCUGAGGUUGGGAGUUCAAGACCAGCCUGACCAACAUGGAGAAACCCCAUCUCUACUAAAAAUACAAAAUUAGCCGGGCGUGGUGGUGCAUGCCUGUAGUCCCAGCUACUCAGGAGGUUAAGACAGGAGAAUCUCUUGAACCCAGGUGGCGGAGGUUGCAGUGAGCCGAGAAGCAUCACUGCACCCUAGUCUGGGCGACAGAGCAAGACUCCAGAGCUUGAGACCAGCCUGGGCCAUGUAGUGAAACCCUGUUUAUACAAAACAAACAAAAAAAGCCAGGUGUACCUGUGUCCACCUGUGGCCCUGCUACUUAAGAGGCUGAGGCAGGAGGAUAAGUUGAGGCCAGGAGCUGAAGGCUGCAGUGAGCUAUGGUCAUCCCACUGCUCUCCAUCCUGAGCAAUAGAAUGAAACCUUGUCUCUAGAUAGCUAGCUAGCUAGGUAAUUGAUACGUAGUUUUCUAUCGGAAAUCUUUUUCCUAGACUUGAACAUGUUUUUCUAAAGUAGCAUUCAACACAUCAGCAUUUUACAGUGUUAUUAGUUGUUAAUAUGAUUAUGUUUUUCUGAAAUACAGUAUUCUUUACCAAAGCAGUUUUGUCUUUCAAAGCACAUACAUAGGUCCUCCAGUGAAUUUGUCUGAUGUCGGCGACCUUCACUUUCUGGUGACUGAGUCAACAGUAUCUGUUUCAUAAAUAAUGUAGCCCUAUUUUUUUUGAGACAGGGUCUUGCUCUGUUACCUGGGCUGGAGUGCAGUGGCAUGAUCUCUGCUCACCAUAACUACCGCCUCCUCGGUUCAAGCGAUUCUCCUGCCUCAGCUUCCUGAAUAACUGGGAUUACAGGCGCCACCACAUCUGGCUAAUAUCUUUUUGUUUUUGUUUUUGAAACGGAGUUCGCUCUUGUUGCCCAGGCUAGAGUGCAAUGUCGCCAUCUCGGCUUACUGCAACCUCCACCUCCCGGGUUCAAGCGAUUCUCCUGCCUCAGCCUCCCGAGUAGCUGGGAUUACAGGCAUGCGCCACCAUGCCUGGCUAAUUUUGUAUUUUUAGUAGAGACAGGGUUUCUCCAUGUUGGUCAGGCUGGUCUUGAACUCCCUACCUCAGGUGAUCCGGCCACCUCAGCUUCCCAAAGUGACAGGUGUGAGCCACCGCACCCAGCCUAAUUUUUGUAUUUUUAGUAGAAAUGGGGUUUCACCAUGUUGGCCAGGAUGGUCUUGAAUUCCCGACCUCAAGUGACCUGCCUGCCUUGGCCUCCUAAAGUGUUGGAAUUACAGGCAUAAGCCAACAUGCCCGGCCAACCCUAUUUCUUUAAGCAUAUACAUUUUGCACUUGUUAAAAGUAUUUGAACAUAAAAUUAUCCAGCUUCCCUUGUUUAUGUAUGUUUGAAUUUUGUAUAAGCUUAAAUAUUUUUUCCAAUCUAAGCGUAAUUAUAUUCCCUUUCUUCUAUAUUUGUAUAACUUUAGGUGACUGUCUUUGUUGAAAGUUUUUUCUGAAAAGCCUUAAAACAAUAUAGUUAUUGGCAGCAAUUUCAGAGUUAUUUGAGGGCAAGGGGAGAUUUAUAAUGAUGAUUCAAAUGAAGCAAACUAAAAAGUAAUGAAGCAAGACAGAGGAUAAAGCAGUAUUCACUUGAGCACAUCCCAAAAGGAUAAAAUUUCAAAUGUAACUAGAAAAAGGUAUGCUGAAGAUCGUAGUACAGGAAUAAUUAUUAAUAUUCAAAAUAGCUUUAAAGCUGCUCACCUUUUGAAUGUUGGGAAUUGACCAGGAGGUGGCUGUAACCUAGGAUUGUUCCUUCAUUAAUGACCAUUUUCUUUUUCAACGUGAUGAUGAUUCUCCACCUUCUAAGCGACCAAAGACCAACGAACUACCACAGCCACCAGUUCCGGAACCUGCCAAUGAUGGGCAACGGAAAGUGAGGGAGUUCAACUCUGAGUCUUGCUCUGUCACCCAGGCUGGCAGUGGCACGGCCUCGGCUCACUGCAACGUCCGCCUCCUGGGUUCAAGUGAUUCUCCUGCCUCAACCUCCUGAGUAGCUGGGACUACAGGCACCUGCCACCAUUUUUCAGAGAAAUGGAAUAAUCAUAUCGCUGAUCUAUGUAAACAAGUUGAAGAAUUGUCUGACAGAAAAUACGUUUCACUUUUGUUGUUCUGGCUGGAGUGCAAUGGCACAAUCUCGGCUCACCGCAACCUCCGCCUCCCAGGUUCAAGCGAUUCUCUUGCCUCAACCUCCGGAGUAGCUAGGACUACAGGUGUGCACCACCACGCGCAGCUGGAGUUCCGCUGUUGUCGCCCAUGCUGGAGUGCAAUGGUGUGAUCUCGGCUCACUGUAACCCCUGCUUCUCAAGUUCAAGUGAUUCUCCUAGCUCAGCCUCCUGAGUAGCUGGGAUUACAAGCACCUGCCACAAUGCCUGGACAUGAACUUGUGAAUUCAACAAGUGAAGAUUUACAACUUGAUAAACCAGCUUCAGGCGUAAAGGAAGAAUGGUAUGCCAGAAUCACUAAAUGAAGAAAGAUGGUGGAUCAGCUUUUCUGCAAAAAAAUUUGCUGAAGCCUUGGGGAGCACUGAAGCCAAGGCUCUACUGUACCAAAAAUUUGAAGGCCAUGCGAAUGAUCUGUAUGUGGAAGGACUACCAGAAAACAUUCCUUUCAGAAGUCCCUCGUGGUAUGGAAUCGCAAGGCUGGAAAACAUCAUUCAAGUGGGCAAUCGAAUUAAAUUUCUUAUUAAAAGUAACUCCAGUCAGACUCCAUUGUCUCCAAGUCGACUUUCGUCCUCACCCACAACUCCUCCACACAAGCCCUGAACACGUGUCCAUGUUUCUCCUAUUUACCUCAAGCACGUAUGGAGCGAAUUCUUACCUUUUAAUAUUGCCAUGGCAUUCACAUUGAAUGUAAGUUGAACUCUCUCAUAUGGUAGCUGGGUUCAGAUUCCCUUGACAAUUUCCAGUUCUAACCCUCACAGUUCCUCAGUGUGGCUGGCCCAGAUACCCUACACAGUUGCCUCCCCCUGGUGACUACCCGCUAUGGAACCGUUGGAUACAAUCUGCAGCAUGACUCACCCCACAGACCUCACAGCCCACUUGGACAGCCCCCACACGCCAGAGUGACCUGCUCAGUUGCAGCGGAAGCCAAGAAAUGUGCCUGCUGGCACUCACCCCACCGACUAGAGCCCCGUGGAAAACUUAUUUGGGUACUGUUCUGGGCCCAAUAAAGGCUGGAGUCCCACAGACCCCUUUUCUCUCUCUUGCUCCCCACUCAUCUUCUCCGUUUUGUUCAGCCCUAUGAGGUGUGCUACUGUAUUUGUCCAUUUUCACACCGCUGGUAAAGACAUGCCCGACUGGGUAAUUUCCAGAAGAAAGAGGUUUAAUAGAUGCACAGUUCCACAUGGCUGGGUAGGCCUCAUAAUCAUGGUGGAAGGUGAAAGGCAGUCUCACAUGGCAGCAGACAAGAUGAGAGAGCUUGUGCAGGGAAACUCCCCUUUAUAAAACCAUCAGAUCUUGUGAGACUUAUUCACUAUCAGAAGAACAGCAUGGGAAAGACCUGCCCCCAUGAUUCAAUUACCUCCCACCUGUUCCCUCCCACAACAUGUGGGAAUUCAAGAUGAGAUUUGGCUGGGGACACAGCUAAACCCUCUUCUCAGCUACCCUCUUCUCUCUGGAUCUGUGAGUAAUUAAACCACUUCUGUGAUUUCCCAUGUUUGGUCCUGUGGCCUCCAUGUGUCUGAUCUGACCUAUACUGGAACCUAACUCUCCUCCUGGCCAGGGCCUCUGAGAGUGGCUCUUGUCAGAAAUACACAGGACACAGGUCAGGCAACAGUCACCAGGCAUCUCCUAGUCUCAACAGAUGUUCUGUGAGAGGGAGGCCUGGUCGUGGGAUGCACACCUGGCCACUGCUGGGGUAAGGAAGUGUCCUGUGAGAGGCACAUGUUAAGCAUCCACAACCCCCUGCCCAGAACCCCAGAAAGGCAGGGCUCCAAUUGACAGUCACUCUCCAGAGACAAACCUCAAGCCCUAACUGGAGGAAAAUAAAACAAUGUAAAAAUUUGAAUUUAUCUUACUAUUUCAAUGAUCCAGUAAAGACAUUCUAUGCCUGUACACCACAUAUUUUCGUCGAUUGUGGAUAUAUUUUAGAUAGAAUUUUGUGUCUGGCUUUCACUUAAGCCUGGUCCCUAUCUCAAGCAUAAGGUAAAGAUUUUCCAUGGGUUCUUUUCUGGUACUACUACCUGCCAGUGUGGGGUCAUGUCCUAGUCUAUCUUCAGGGAACCCCCCUAUUCAUUAUUGUCAGAGUGAGACUGUUAAGUCUUGAUUUCCCUGGACAACUUCAUUGCAUGACUUUUAAUAUGAUUUUUAAAUAUAACCUUUACUGGACAAUAAAUUAUAUAGUUAUCUGAGUAAGAGAUAUGGUCAGGAAGAGGCAUUGCCUCAUUCAGCUUUUCUGUUUGGUGAACUCGCAUAUGUUCUCCUCACCCACCAGUCACCUCUAAACCGAAUUGUUCCAAGACAACAAACAGAACUCGAGUGUGUAUCUUUCACCACUGGAUUUGUCUUUGCUCCAUAAAGCUUAAUGCUUAAUAGGGUUUCUGUUAGCAUUUUCUCUAUUUAUUUUCCCAUAAAAUAUCACAGGCCUUCUUAAUGUGGAAUUAUGGGUGAUUUCCUUCAAUCUGCAUCAUAUCAAGUUGAGGUUCAUGUUGAUGGAAAGUAAAACAUACAUUUAAAAUAUCAGUAAUGAUGUUUUCCCCUCCUUUUUAGCACGUGCUUGUGAUACAAGCACAUUGUAAUACAAUUCUAGUCUCAUGCUUUGAUCAUUCCUAAGAUGAAAAUAACAUUUUUAGAUAAAAUAUCUGAGUUUUAUGAGGCCUUUAGUAUAUGAUGUGAUAGAAUAUCAGAAGACCAUACUUCUUUUCUAGUUUUCCGUGCAAUUCUAUCAUUGUUUCAUCUUUUCUCCUACCAGAGUAAUUUUCCAAAAUAGAUAUCUUGUCAUUCUUCAUGUUGUUAUCAGUAAAUAAGUGAAACGAAAAGCUAGAUUAUAUAAUUUAUCUAGAACAAGAAAGUAGAAUUGAAUCUAUAUUCAUUAAUGAGACUAACCAGUCAAUUACACAGAUAGGCAUUUUACAUUUUAAGAUCAUAUGGGCCCGUUGUCAGAUAUAUUAUUAUUUAUGUCUAUAUGGACAUCACCUGUGCAUAUUUAUGCAGAAAUCAAUGAGAGCUGAUUUUUAUUUUUAUUAUAUAUAUUUUUUGAGAUAGGGUCUUGCUUUGUUGCCCAGGCUGGAGUGCAGUGGUGCAAUCACUGCUCACUGCAGCCUCAACCUCCCAAGCUCAAGCAAUCCUUCCACCUUGGCCUCACAAAUAGCUAGGACAACAGGUGCACAUCACCAUGCCCACCUUUUUUUUUUUUAACUUUUGAUAGAGACUGGGUCUUGCUACGUUGCCCAGGUUGCUCUUGAACUCCUGGGCGCAAAGAAUCCUCUCAUUUCAGCCUCUUCAACUGCUGGUAUUACAAGCAUGAGCCACCAUAUGGGCUGGAAGCUGAUUUUUAAAAUACUGAGAUCAUAUAGAUGACAGCACCUGAAAAGUAGACAACACCAAGCUUUAUGUUAAAAGGUGUGAGGGUAUAAAUAUUGUUGUGGCUAUUGGGGAGGAAAACAUUAGUAAAACCAGUGAGUUAAAGCUGUUGCUUUAAACUUUGGUUUUAAUUUAACAAAUGUUCUCUGGGGCGACAGUAUAUAUUAACCAUGCUGUGGCCAUUUACAGAUGCAGUAGAGGGAAGAAUUUCUCAAAGACAACUGUUCUAAGAUUGAAAUUAAACCGUACUGGGUUUGAAAAGAGAAAGUCCAGGAAUUACCAAGUAUUUUAGAUAUCAGAUAAAAGAGAAUGCCAGGUAUGCGAUGAUAAUCAGCAAUGGUUGUUCACACAAUACAUCAAAUCAGAAUUUGCAUUAGCUUUUGAAUUACAAGGACAAAUGGAUCAAUUCUUGACUCUUUAGUAGAUAAAUCUUAUUAGGCUGAGAUGUGUUUUCCCCUGUUUUUCCACAAGGAGAUUACAAAUUUGCAAACCUCAGCUGCUCUCAUUUUAUGCUCUCACCAAGCCAAAAGCUGAAGUUCAUCAAUCAGUGUGUCUAAGUGUUCACCAGUUAUAUACCAUUUUGUAGUUUAAGCUAUUUUUCCAACUUCCUAAAUCAUCACCUUCAUUUGAUCUUGUUUUUUUCCACUAUCACUUCUUUAUUGACCAUAUAAAGAAUAUAAGUAAGUUCUUAUUUUGUUAUUGUUCAUUUUAGUCUAAUUUCAUCAAAAUAUCAUAAUCUUUUAAUUUCAUUUUAAUUUCAAAGAUUAAAUGAAACCUACAUAGAAAUGAGUGUAAGAUUUGCAUUUGCAUUAUUUUGGCAUCAAUUUGCUAUCCUCCCUCAUUCAGAUAGAGAUCAUUUCCAUGUACGUGAUUUCAAACAUCCAAGUGCAGUAUUAAAAGCAGUUGUAAAUUAUGGUUCUCAUUUUCAUGAUACAAUUACUAUAUAAACUUCCUCUUGCUGCUGUAACAAAGUACCACAAACUUGAUAUCUUACAAUAAAUUGACUGUUAAGCCUGCAGUUCUGGAGGUCAGAGCCUUAACUGAGACUCACAGGGCUAACAUCAGGUUUUGGGCAGGGCUGCAGUCUUUCUGAGGGCUAUGUGGCAGAAUCUAUGUACUUGAUAUUUUUCAGCAUCCAGAGGCCACCUUUAUUCCUUGGAACAUGACUUCAUUCUUAUAUAUUUUUUUUUUUUUUUUGAGAUGGAGUCUCCUUCUGUCACCCAGGCUGGAGUGCAGUGGCACGAUCUCAGCUCACUGCAACCUCUGCCUCCCAGGCUCAAGUGAUUCUCCUGCCUCAGCUUCCUGAGUAGCUUGGACUACAGGCACGUGCCACCAUGUUCAGUUAAUUUUUUGUAUUUUUAGUAGGGAUGGGGUUUCACCAUGUUAUCCAGGAUGGUCUCAAUCUCCUGACCUCGUGAUCCACCCACCCCGGCCUCCCAAAGUGCUGGGAUUAGGCAUGAGCUACUGCGCUGGGUCCUCAUUCUUGUAUCUUAAAAGUCAGUGAUGUUGAGUAAUUUCUCAUGCUACGACCUCCAUGGUUGCCUUUCUUCUGCCUUCUUCUCUCACUUAUAAGGAAGCUUGUGAUUUCGUUGAUCCCACCCAUUUAAGAUAAUCUCUCCAUCAUUUUAUUGCAACCUUAAUUUCACUUGAAAUCUAAUUUCCCACUGCCAUGCAACCUAACAUAUUUGUAUGUUAGACUCUGGGAAUUAGGACAUGAACAUUUUUGGGAGGCCAUUCUUUUGUCUGCAGCAGACAUAAUCUAUUUACCUGCAGAUUAAAGUGUUCUUUAUUUUUCUGCCUCCCCCUCUUAAAUUUUUUUUAAAUAAUAUGAAUUGUAGUAAAGAGAAAGAAAGAAAAGAAAAGAAAGGAAGGAAGGAAAGAAAGAAAGAAGAAAGAAAAGAAGGAGGAAAUGAGAGAAGGAAGGGAGGGAAGGAGGAAGGGAGAAAGGCAGGAAGGAACUAAAAAGAAAGCAAGAACACAAGAAAAGAAAGAAGAGAAAGAAAGUGAGAAAGAAAGGAAGGGAGGAAGGAAAGGAGGAAGAGAGUGGGAAAAGGGAGGAAGGCAAAGAAACAAAGAAAAUAAAGAGGAGAAGGAAGGAAGGAAAAAGGAGGAAAGGAAGGGAGCGAGGAAGGAAUAAAAGGAGGGAGGAAAGAAAAGGAAAGAAAACAAGGAAGUGAGAAAGAAUAAGAGAAAAGAAGGAAGAAAAGAAGGGAGGGAGGAAGGAAGGGAGGGAGGAGGGAAGGAAGAAUAAGAGAAAAGGAAGGAAGGAGAAAAAAGAAAAGAAAGAGGAAAAGAAAAAGGAAAAGAAAAGAAAGAGGAAAAGAAGAAAGGAAGGAAGAAGGCAAGGGAAGGGAAGAGAAGAGAAAGGAAGAUGGAAAGAAGGAAGGAAGACCGCAAAUAUUAGAAAUUCUGGGUUUGUUAGAGAAUAUGCCAUACUGUUUUUUUUUCACUUGAAAGGAAAGAGUAUCUGCCCUUGAAGAUUGGAUGUCUUGUUGGUGAUAUUGUUGUUCUUAUCUUCCAUAUGAUUACUGAGUUUGUGCCUAGUCUGUCCAUUACUAAGACAAAAGUGUUGAAGUCUGCAAAUAUAAUUUUGGAUUUUUCUAGUUCACCUUUGAUUUCUUUCAUCUUUUACCUCAUGUAUUUGGAGGUUCUGUUGUUAGCUGCAUACCCUAAUUAGUAGGAUGUUUACAUCUUCUUGAGAAUUGAUUAUUGUAUUAUCUAUUAUCUCUCAUCUCUGAUACUAUUUCUUGUUCUGAACUCUGUUGUGUCUAAUAUCAAUGUAGUCUUUCCACAGCUUUAUUUUAGUGUUUCCAUGAUAUGGCUUUCUCCAUAUCUUGAUGAAAACCUAUUUAUAUCUCUAUAUAUUUGGAGCAAGAUAUAAAAUUUAGACUUGAUUUUUUAAAGAUUUUUCAAGAUGUAAUUCUUAUUUUUGUUCUAUUUGACCUUCUCUGAGUUUCCUAUAUCUGAAGUUUGAUUUUCUGUCACUUCUUUUAGAAUAUUUUUGGCAGUUAUUUUGAAAAAUAUUUCCUUUGCUCCGUUAUUUUUUCCUCUUUUCUUUUUGGGAUUUCAAUUAUAACUAGGGUAGGUAAUUUCAUCUCAGUCUUAUGCAGGUACUUUUUCUCAGGGUCCCAGGAAUGUAGCCUUCUCACACUUCUGUUCUUUUCCUGGCUGUGUUGGUGAGCUCAGUGGUAUUCCUCCUUCACCUUCAAGAGCAGUUUUGUUUUUCCUGUUUUCAUACUCCCAGCAUCAGGAGUAUUCUAAGUGUGGCAGUUUUUGUUGCCUUCCCCUAUAUAUUAAGUGGAAUAUCUUGGUCUAUUUGGACUCUUAUAACAAAAUAACAUGAACUGGGUGACUAAAAAACAACAGAUAUUUCUUUUUUCACACUUCUUGAGGCUGUAAGAUCUCAGGUCAAGAUGCUCACAAAUUCAGUGUUGAUGAGAGCCCAUUUCGUGGUUCAUAGAUGGGGCCUUCUUUCUAUGUCCUCACAUACUGGAAGGCACACAAGAACUCCAUUGAGCUUCUUUUAUAAAGGCACUAAUCCCAUUCAUAAGGGCUCGGCCCCCAAGACCUGGUCACCUCCCAAGUGUUCUGCUCUCCCUGAUCUGUAUCAUAUACAGACUCUCUUGGAUUCCUUACCAAUUGCUUGAGAGAUCACAGUGGGUUUGGGGGGAAAGGUUUUCAAGAUGAUGGAUCUUUCCCAACUUCUACAGCUGUCAGCAGUCUCCCAAUCUGACCGGCCCCACUUUGUCUUCAGGAAUGUAUUGAUUAUUCCAGCUUUACUUGUCAUAGUGGUGUCUAUUUGCAUCUGUCCUAUGUAAGUGCAUCUGUCCUCUUUCUCCUUGCAGGUGCUUGUUUUCCCUCACAUUUUGACUCAGUUCUUGGCAACCUGGUUGCUAUAAAAAUAAAGUCAUGACUUUGAAGUUAGUUGGGUUCUUUCAUUGUUGUAAGGUUAGGAGCCCUAUUCCAUCCCAGCUCUCCAAAACCCAGAAUUUUUUGGGGGUUGAAAUUUUAGGCUUUCUCUUUGAAUUGUAGUUUUAUCUCAUUUCAGUUACAAUUUGCAUUUUCAUAAUGAUUAAUGAGACUAAGCUUUUUUUGUAUAGUUGACUGUACCUUUGGAUUUUUUUCCCAAAUCCCUUUUCAUUUCUUAUUUUCUUUAUGGUUUUAGAAAAUGUAGUUUACAUAAUUGCAGCUUGAUUUUUUCCUCAGGUAAUGGCAUGCUUAUUGGAGAGAAAAAAGAUUAACUAUAUUUUCCUUUUUAAUUACUGUGCUUUUUUCUUUUUUAAGGUAAUAUUUCAUUACAUUAAAUUUUAGUGUUAUUCUACUGAGCUAUUCCUUAAAUAUUAUAGUAUUUUGGAUUUCACAUAUAAAUUUGUAACACAUCUUGAGUUUAUUAUGUAUAGAGUGAGGCUAUUUUUUUUUUGUUUUUUAAGGUAAAAAUCACAUAAUAUAAAAUUAAUAACAACCAUUUUAAAGCACACAAUGCAGUUGCUUUUAGUAUAUUCACAAUGUUCCAGGACAAUUUCAUCCUGUCCCUUCUAAAAACCCAUUAUGCAUAAAGUUGUUACACCCUAUUCUGCUUCCCUGAGCCCUAAUGACCACUCAUCUGAUUUAUAUCCCAAUUGAUUUGCCAAUUCCUGAUGUUUCAUGUGAAUAAAAUCAGUUAAUAUUUGUCUUUUUGUGCACUUAAUGCUUUCAAAUUUUACCCACAUUAUACCGUGUAUAAGUACUUCUUUCUUUGUUAUAGCUAAAAAUUGGGUGUCCAUUUAUGAGUCAACAAGCAUAUGGAUUGUUUCCACUUUUUGACUGUAUGAUUAUUACUGCUGUAAAUAUUCAUGCACGUUUGUUAUUUGAGCACCUAUGUUUUGUAAGAUUAACAGCUGACUUCACAGAAACAAUGGAAGGCAAGAGGCAGUAGAAUAAUAUAUUCAAAAGAUGCAAAGGAAAAAAAACUGUCAGCCACCAAUUCCUUAUCCAGCAAUUAUUUUUCAAAAAUGAAGAUAACACAAAGACUUUGCCAGAUAAACAGAAAUAUUAACUGAAGUUGUUGCUGCCAGACCUACCAUACCAAAACAAAAACAAAAACAAAAACACUAAAAUAAAUUCCUAAGGCUAAAAGCAAGUUACACAAGACAGUCAUUUGAAUCCACAUUUUUAAAAAAGCACUGGUAUAGGUAAUAUUAACAUUAUAAAAGACAGUAGAAAUGCAUGUUUUCUCUUUAUCAUAAAUUGUUUAUAAAAUAAUAUGUGUAUAAUGGCCGGGUACGAUGGCUCACGCCUGUAAUCUCAGCACUUUGGGAGGCUGAGGCGGGUGUAUUACGAGGCCAGGAGAUCGAGACCAUCCUGGCUAACACAGUGAAACCCCAUCUCUACUAAAAAUACAAAAAAUUAGCUGGGCGUGAUGGCGGGCGCCUGUAGUCCCAGCUACUCAGGAGGCUGAAGCAGAAGAAUGGCAUGAAGCCGGGGGAUGCAGCUUGCAGUGAGCGGAGCUCACUGGACUGGCACUGGAGUGCCACUGCACUCCAGCCUGGGUGACAGAGGGAGACUCCGUCUCAAUGAUAAUAAUAAUAAUAUGUGCAUAAUGUAUUGCUGAGUAUUUGACAUGUAGAAAUGUAAUAUGUCUAUAACAUAUUUCCCAGUAACAUCAAAAAGGAGGUAGUUGGAAGAAAAAUAUAUCGUGAUAAGAUAAUCACUCUAGAUGGUAAAGUCAUAAUUACUAAAAUGUAUUGUUGGCUUUGUAACUUUAAUAGAUGUAAUGUGUAAAGUGAUAAUACUUUCAAAUGGAGGAAAUAAAAGAGAUUUGAAUAAGAAUGAUGUUUCUAUGUAUUACUAAAAGUUUACUAGUAUAAAUUGGAAGAUGAUUUGAGUAAUUAAUUUUCCAUAUACCUACAUGGUAAACUUACAACAACAACAAAAAUUCUCAAAAACAUAUAGUAAAAUAUUUCAUUAGUAAUCUAAAGUUCCCUAUUUUAGAAAAUAUUCAUUCAUUGCAAAAUAAAGCAAUAAAGAAAAAUAUUUGAGAAAUAUACAAAACAAAUAGUAAAAUGGCAGACAAAUAGAAUUAUACCAAUUAUAAUAUUAAAUGUGAGCAGAUUAAAAUCCAAUCAACAGGCAGAGAUUGUCAGACUGGAUUAAAACAAGUGAUCCCAAUAUAUGCUGAGAUGCAAGGAUACUAAUGGAUUGAAAGUAAAAAGAUGACAAAAAAUAUCAUGCAAAGAGCAAUCGUAAAAACACUGAACUCAUUAUACUCACAACACAAUAUAGACUAUUAAAAAUGUGAAUAGGAUUUUAAAAUUUUUUAUUGUAGGAAUAAGGGGGUCAACGCUUUAGGAAGACAUAGCUAUUACAAUCAUGUAUGCACAGAUUUGAGCUAAAUUGUUUCCUCUAUACAGAUGCUGAAAUCCUAACCACUGAAUAUGACCUCAUUAGGAAAUAGGUUCCUUGCAGGUGAUCAAGUUAAGAUAAUAUCAGAUGGGCCUGAAUUCAAUAUGACUGAUGUCCUUAUAAAAAGAAGAAAUUUGAGUAGAGGGAGACAUACACACAGGGAGAGUUCCAUGUGAUUAUGAGGGCAGAAGUUAGCCAAGGAAUGCCAAAGACUGCCACAAAACCACCAGAAGCUAGAAACAAGGCAUAGAACAGAAUUUCUCUCAUAGCCCUUGAAGGGACCAUCCCUGCCGACACCUCAAUCUCACACUUUUAGCUUCCAGGACUAUAAGGCAAUAAAUUUAUGUUGUUCAAGGCACCCAGUUUGUGUUACUUGGUUAUGGCAGCCCUAGAAAACUAAUACAUGAACUAAUAACAAAGCAUAAGAACAUGAAGCAAAAAAUCACAAAAGAGGAGCAUCAGCAAAAUGGCAGUGGAGACAGCUGCAAUCUUUCAUUUCCCCACAGAAACAUCACACAACUAAGAGAAACUGUCCGAAUAAACUUUGCCAAAACUCUGGAAAAUGGUCAAAAGAUUACAACAACCAAGUGAAAGCAGACUCAAGAAAAAGACAACUUGAAAACUUUAUGACAUUUUUAACUCGCCUUUGCCCCAGCAAAUUGGCAGUUCUGAAGUGUCAGAAGCCCACGUUCCCAGUGAGGAAACCUGGUCCAUCGCCCAAAGGAACAAGAGAAGAUCUUACCCGCAAAUUAUGAUGUGUCUGUUCUGACUGGUCUGGGGGAUACCUGAAGGACUAGUGAAAGACUUUUUUUUUUUUUUUCUGUGUUGCUAGAAUACAGAACAGAUAAGGAAUGGACAUUAUUAAGAAACUCAGCAAGGAGACCUAACAAACCACAGACGCUUAGGGCAAAAAUUAGAGUUUACACAUAUAGUAGAUCACCUUCAGCACAGGAAGAAAAGUUGGAGAAGAGUAUUUGGAAAACUAAGACAUUCGAAAUCAUUCACGUACAUGGGAGAGUCUAGAAAGUCACAUGUAUGCAUAGGUUAAGCCACGUGAUGACAAAUGUCAUAAGAAGAGCCUACACUUUUACCUUGGCCGAUCCCUCCCCUCAGUGCAAGCUCUGUGCAAGAGUGAACUUGAACUUCACUCAGUGCAAGAGUGAACACACACUUUGUGCCGGCUUUGAGGAACCCAGCACAAAGCCAGUCUGCAUGGCCUAGAGACAUAUUUUGCUGGCUAAUGAUUACUUGUUUUUCUUUUUGUUUUUGUUGUAUUUGCCUGUUUGCUUAGUUCCUGACAUACAAGAAAAUCACUGUCAAAACAUUAGCUUAACAUUUGUUAAGGAAACAAAAAGACUUUGGUGACCGCACCUUAUAAAGCAAACAGUUUUGUAAAUCACUUUGGAAAAUUUCACUAAAAAUAAAAACUUUAACAAUAUAAGUAAAUAAAAUUUAGAACCACAAAACAUUAGUGUGUUUGUAGGGGGGGGUCUGGUUUACAGAGUAACCACAUAGUAAUUAUAAUUAUUAUAAUGUCCGGUUUUCAAAAAAAGUUACAAGGCAUACAAAGAAUGGGAAAGUAUGGCUCAUUCAAAGGAACAAAAUAAAUUGACAGAAAAUAUCUCUAAGGAAACCCAGACAUCAAACUUACUACACAAAGACUUUUAAACAACUCUCUUAAUUCUACUCAAAUGUCAAAAAGAAAACAUAAACAGAGAAAUAAAGGAAUUAGAAAAAAUAUUAAAAAGUAGGAAUAUCAACAAAGAGAUAACAGAAAUUCCUGAGUGGAAAACUACAAUGAUAAAAAUUAAAAAAUCAACAGAGGGAUUUAAGAGUAUAUUUGCACACACAGAAGAAGUCAUGAACUUGAAGAUAAGAAAAUGGAAAAUACUGACUCUGAGAAACGGAAAGAAUAAAAAAUAAAAAAUGAGCAGAGACUAAGGAAUCUGUGGGACACCAUCAAAUAGAGCAACAUUCAUAUUCUAGGAGAAAUUAUGUUGUUAGAAACUUUACCAUUCUUUCUUUUCACCUUUCUUUCUUCCUCCCUCCCCCUCCUCCUCCUCUUUACUUUUCUUCCUCUUCCUUUCUCUUCUUCUCUCCCUCAUUAUCCCUUUCGCUCUGUUUCUUUCUCCCUUUCUCUUUUUUCUUUUCUUUCAACUUUCCCAAUUACUAAGAGAUGUUUAAAUACCCUUACCAUGUUAGUAGAUAUGGUUAUUUCUCCCUUUAGUUCUCUUUUGAGAUUUAUAGUCAUUCUAAGUAAAGAGAUAACCCAAACAUAAGCCUCACAAACAGGCUUCCAUACCAUUCUUAACUUGGUCCUGUAAUUCUUCAUUGCUGUAUUAACUUUCUGAUGCUUUUAAGGAUGUUUUAUAACAAAUUGUUUAGUUUUUUCCAAUGGAAUGUUUAUUCUGAACUAUCUAAUUCAUAUGGUACGUAUAUAGGGAGUUUAAUAUAAAAUUAUUCAACUAACAUUUGUGAAAGAAUGUAUUUGUGCAUUUAACAAAUAUGUUAAUCCUCAAACUGUUAUUGGGCAGCUGAGCAUACAGCAAUAAAAAUAACAUAAUUUUUAUGUGUACAAUAUUUAUGGAAUAUCUUACUGGAACAAAUAAAUAAUUUAGUUAAUGACAUGACAAAGAGCAGAAAUUGUAUACACUAUAGAGCAUAGUAAUGGAAUAAUGAGUGAUUACAGUUAUUAUUAUUAGGUAGAAAAUGAAGGGUAUCUUUGAGAGCAGAACUCAAGGAAGCAAGCAAUUCACCUUGUGAGGAAAGAGUUACCUGUAGGAGAAACUGAAAAAUUUACAAGUCAAGACUUUUUGAGCAAAAACAAAAAUAUGAGUAUUAGUCACCAAUUCAGUACAGUGAAAAAAAAGUUGAAGAGAUAUCUUGGAAGUAAACCAUGUUGUGGAAGAGCAUGUAGGGUUUUGAUAAUCAUGGGAUGAUUCUGAAUUAAUUUUAAAUGCGAUAGGAAUAUAUGAGAUAAUUUCACCAGAGAAUAACAUGAUUGUGUUUGCAUUUCAAAGGGGUGUAUCUGGUGCACUGUGUAGAAUAAAUAGGUUAUGUGAGCAAAUAAAUUGGGAGGCUAUUGUAAUCCAGAGAAAAAAGGUAGUGACUUAGGUGAGAAUGCUGUGAGUAUGAGUGGUAUUAGUGGUGAGAAGUCGUUAGGCCAGGAUGUAUUUCAUAGGACUGGCCAAGAGAACUGCAGCUAAAUUGGAGUGAAGGGAGUGAAAUGGAGAACUCAAAGAUGACUCUCAGCACUGGAAGGUGACAUCUGUCACUGAAGCAUGCUGAUGCCUCUUAUUAAGAGAGUUACUUGGGAAUGGCAAGAUCAAAACUUCUCACUUUCAAUUUUAUGAAAAAUAUUGUUUUCAGAAUGAAUGACUGGGAUCAGAAAGCCAUCAUUCUAAUUGAUGGUUCUACGACUACACAGGCUCACACUCCCAAGAGCAAAAGUAAAUCAUCACAAAGGUGCUUCCUGAUAAUUCUAGAGAAUGGAGAAUUACUGUAACAUCUUUCUGAUUUUAGGAGAGGUAGCAGUUCCCUUUUUAGCCUAAACACUAUUUUUUUUAAAGCUCAGCCAAGAGACUCCAUUGUAAUUUUUAAAUGUGUGUAACUUAAAUUCUCAUAUUAAAUACCACUAUGCUUAAAUUAGUCAAAACAUUUUCCCCAUCUACAACUCUAUCUUUUCACUGCAAUCAUUUUCACAAAAGUGACUGCAGCUAACAGACCCUAAAAGGGGAAAAUCUAGGGUAGGUUAUCUGAUCUAGUUAGUUUUGAAGACAGGAUCUAGAGAUUAUUUCACAUGAAAUAGGUCACCUGAAAUGAAGUGUUUACUGAGAACAGCUUGGAUCAGCCCAGUUUUCUACCACUGAACCAUGCAUUUGGUUUAAAAAACACAACAACUCUAGGGAAUAUUUGCUGCUUCCAACUGUGUUGAAGGUGUAAAAGAAAAUAGCAUAAAAUUAUAAAUGAUCAUCUGAAGGCUUUAUAGUCUUUGCUCAAGAGACUAGAGUCUUCCAUUCUUAACGAAACACCCAAAUAUCUUAAUAAUCGGGCAAAAUCUAAAUAUCAGAGAGAUAAUUUUAUCUUGAAGAUUGUUAAAUUGUAAUGGUGAUUCACUACCUUGCCAUGUCUCUGAGUCAAAAAUAAGGUCUUUGUUUAGGAAUCAAUGGUACUCUGCAACUUGGAAAUAGGAAGAUUUUAGAAGACUCAAACAUUGACUUUCUUGUGUGCAAAAAAAAGACGUAUUGAGAUAAGACAAGUCUUUCCUUGCAAGGAUACCUCUAAUGCUCAUACACCACCUCCCCUGACGUUAAUAUAGCUUCCAGAUCACUAACCAGUGUCAGAGAGCAGCCUAUGCAACUACAAAUUCAAAAGAUGUCGAACACAGGGUCAAGCCUAGAAUAAGAAGUCUUAGCUAAUUAAGUAUGCUUUUUUCCCCAGAUCCAUAUUAACAAAAACUUGGAUAUGUCAGAGAAUGCAUUCUAAGUUCACUCAACCUAGGAGGGAGAAACAUAAUGUUAAAUUAAGAGCUGAAGCAUUCUUGUCCUAACAAAAAGCAAGGAAAACGAAAUAUCACACCACAAGAGGGAUUUCACAAGUUAGUGUCAACAUCCAAACCUUAAAAUAGGCAAGGAAAAUGCAGAUUCACAAUUAACUCUUGGACUUGUUUUGUUCAGAGAAGAGAUGGUUCUGAGAGAAUGACAGUGAAUUAACCCCAGCUGGUUUAGUUGGUACUUUCAAUUGCUGCUUCUGAUAAACUCCUUUAGCUAGAAUAAAUCUAUGAGGAUUUUGGCAUGUGGUAUUAGAGAUGGUUAUUAAUUUUUUCCUCUUAUUUGCAUUGUUCAAUGUAGUAAAUACUAGCUGUAUAUGUACUUAAAUUCAAAUUAAUUACAAUGAAAUAUACUUAAAUAUUGAAUUUUUUAGUCACUGUCGGUUCAUUACUCAAUAUCUUCAGCUAAGAUUUCCCAACUAAAUACACUAAGAGGUGGCUUAGUUAACUGGUCCUCCACAAAUAUUGAGGCUGUUGUUAACUCCUAAUACAUUCUCUGCAAAUAGAAUAUUCAUGAACAACCUCCUGAAACCAGCAGCCUAGAGAUAAUUUUAUAAAUUGGAUACAAGUUGGAAAUCUAUACUCUUUAAGUUUUUGAAAUAUCAGCUUCCCAGGGAAGACAAUCAAAUUCAUAAGAUAUGUUAGGACAAUUUAACUCAAGAUGUUCAAAACUGAAAUGACAUAUUCUACAAUUUGUGAUAAAACCACCCCCUAACAACUUAAAGCAAAACAGGGAUUGACCUUAAAGACCUGCCUUUUCCUCAUCCCCUAGCCAAUCAGUUUUCAAAUCUUGCAUUUUAUUUUGAAAGGUCUUUAUUCCCCUACUCUCUUGUUUCUAGACUUGGCACAUGUUUAAGUUUGUUACCUCUAUCUACUGACUUUCCUCUCUUCAAACAGUAUCUAUGCCUGCCAAAUGUGAACAUACAAAAAACAAAUCAGAAUGUGCCAUUCGGAUUUAAACUGCGUAUUAGUUAAUACCCUCAAGAUAACAUCUGGGUUCUUAGCUGCACUGAAUCAAGCCUACUUCUAUUUUUGUCUUCGGCUGCACUUCCUAUCACAUCACACUCCAGCAAUGCCAAGCCGUGCCGGCCUUCUACCCCAUUUCCACUAUUUUGCCCCCGCCGCCAUGGCUUUUUGCCCCCGCCGCCAUGGCUUUUUGCCCCCGCAGCCGCGGCUUUCUCCCGCUGCGGCUUUUUGCCCCCACACCGCGGCUUUUGCAGCUUUUUGCCUCCGCCGCCUCUACGUUUGGCUCCCCGCCGCCGCGGCUUUUUGCUGCCGCGACUUUUUGCGCCCCUCGCCCUGGCUUUUUGCCCUCGCGGCCGCGGCUUUUUGCUCCCCGCCGCCGCGGCUUUUUGUGGUUUUUUGGCCCCAGCUCCCACUGCUUUUUGUCCCCCCCCCGCCGCGGCGGCUUUCUUCCGCCGCGGCUUUUUGCCCCCGCCGCCUAAGGUUUUUGCCUGCGCCGCCGCGGCUUUUUGUCCCCGCCGCCGCUUUUUGCUGCCGCAGCUUUUUGCCCCCGCCGCCGCGGCUUUUUGCCCCCCGCCGCCGCGGCUUUUUGCGGCUUUUUGCCGCCGUGGCUUUCUGCUCCCGCCGCCGUGGCUUUCUGCUCCCGCCGCCGCGGCUCUGAGGGCGGGAGCGGCAGACUCCGCUGCCAGCUCUACUGGCGUCCUGGCAAGGGCAGCGCCGAGGGGCGCUCCCGGUCCAGCUCUCCCGGCUCGGGGGUUCCUUGCCUAGGUGCCGGAGCCCCGGGCUCCCUGCCUCGGCCGCUGUGGCCUGCAUAGAGCGGCCCUGCGCGCGGAGGCGAUGGGAGAGAAGGAGGGCGGUGGCGGGAGUGAUGCAGCGGCCGCUGAGGGUGGCGCAGGGGCCGUGACCAGCCCGGGGCUGCAGCAGUGCGGGCAGCUCCAGAAGGUCAUCGGCAUCUCCAUUGGCAGCCUGCGCGGGCUGCGCACCAAGUGCGCUGUGUCCAACGACCUCACCGAGCAGGAGAUACGGACCCUGGAGAUUCUUUUCAAUAUACCCCAUCAUGGUUGAACUCAAAGUCAUUGCUUAUUUAAAAUCUACAACUGCUGACGUUUUGGAACCUUUGCAUUCCAGAUACAACAGAGAAAUGCAUAAUGUCCAGCGAAUUUAUUAAAGUUCCAAAGUCGGUCGCGCGCCGUGGCUCACGCCUGUAAUCUCAACACUUCGGGAGGCCGAGGCGUGUGGAUCACGAGGUCAGGAGCUGGAGACUAGCCUGACCAACAUGGUGAAACCCCGUCACUACUAAAAAUACAGAAAUCAGCCAGGCAUGGUGGCACGCAGCUGUAAUCCCCGCUACUCAGGAGGCUGAGGCAGGAGAAUUGCUUGAACCUGGGAGGCAGAGGUUGCAGUGAGCCGAGAUGGCACCACUGCACUCCAGCCUGGACGAAAGAGAGUGAGGACACAGCGAAAGUGAGACAAGGAAGAGAGAACAAAAUAAAACAGGAAAGAUGGAAAAGCCAAUACCACACGUGUUAAGAGGCAAGUUCCUGUGUUAGAUAUCUGGGCUUAAUUCUAUGGGAAGCUAUGUGGAGCAUGCCUCAGAAUUACAUCACUGAAUCCAGGGAGAUUCUUCUUAGUUACCCUCACCUUUUCUUCCCACUUCAUGCCCAGUAUCAAGCUCCCAUGCUGCUAGAGAGAGUCCUCGGCUAGAAACAGGUGCAAAUUCUGGAGAUGAGACCUUGUAGAGUGUUAAGAAUGGUUUUCUUCACAGCAGCUACAGGUAAGGAAUAGGGGCUGGGCUAUUAAUACAUCUGCUACAAAUCAAUAAAGGCCUUAUGCUCCUUUUGCUGAUUGACAAUGUAUUUAAAAAUAUUAGAUGAUCAAGAAGGGCUGCAGAAAGGAGGAAACAGAAACAAACAGCACACCUCUUGGUUUAUUUUUAUUCAUUUCAUCAGUUUCAAGGAAAAUGCGUUGGGAGUUCCUGGCAUAAAGAAUGUCACAAAGACAUGUUUUCAAUAGUGAUGCUAUCCCUAGGGCAGAGAAGACCCAGAGAAAGCACAAGUGGCUGCUGGAACAAAGUCAGACACCGUGCCACCUGUCCACACUCCUUGGCUCUGCCAUCGUGCUGAAGAUCGGUUUAAAGGACUGGCUUCCCUCCCCCCGAAAUUAAAAGAGCACAAACUGAGAAACUGAAUGUAGGAGACAGCAGUGGAUUAUGCUGUUCCCAGGGGUCACCUCAGGUUUGGAAGCAUUCUUUCAAAUUAACCCAUCUCAGGCCAUCUGCAGAGAAGAAAGGUGGUACCUAACUUUUUUUCUUGUCAGCAUUUAGUAGCUGUGUUUUAUUGAACAAGUAAGUUCCCACAACCUAGUUUUUUGUAACUAAAUGUAGUAGAUUUUUAAAUUUUAUCAUCAAAAUCUAUGGACAAUUUUUGAUUAAAAUAGACUCCAUGUCUAUGUCCUGCUUUUCCUCUUAUUAUUAAUUACAUUGUUGUAUAAAAGAACAAGACAUCAGAAUCAAGAAUAUCUUGUCUCUUGGCUUUGAAUUUAUACAAGGUGCUCUUUCUUUAAUGCUGUCUCAAAGGACAUAUUUUUACUCAUUAAAGGGAAGAUCAGAAUCUAGUUGUAUGCACUGCUCCAACAUAUUAAUAAUUAAAAUUAGGAGGUAAAUGUGGUCAAAGCUAUAGAAAGACUUGAGAUGUCAUUUAUAUUGAUUACUGUAUAGCACUCGACAAACAGAAAUGGUUAAAUAAUAGUUUAUAUAAAUAUUUUGUAGCAUUUCAAGUAUUUGAAUGCCUGAAGUUUCUCCUCUUAUGUAGUUCAGAUUAUCAAUUUGAAGACUUAUUCCGCUAGUUAAAAUGUUUUUAGUCUCGUUUUGAGUAUUAUAUAAAAGCAAUUUUCAGUUAAAUGUGUUCCGCUUACAUAAAACAUUACAAAUUGUGAGUAUUUAAUUACAUUUUCAUGUUCCUGUAAUGUCUUUAGAAGAUUUUCAUAUUAUUACCUAUCAAUAUAUGUAUGCUUUGUCAAAGAAAAGUCAAACAUAUAUAUCAUUGAAAUUGAAACUUUUUAAAAGUACUUAAUAAUUCUAUUGAAAAACCACAUCCGUAGGAACAAUUACAAUAUAAUAUUGUGAACAUGUAAAUAUAUAUCCUAUGUCUAUUUUAUAUAUAAGCAUAUAUGAUUAAAAUAUAGUUAAGAAUUUUUAAACCUAGUAUUAUAAAGUAAAAAUUAGUUAAACUUCUGAUGAUUAUUUGUUAAUUAAGAUAAAAUUAUUUUGAUUUGGGUGAUUUUAAAUAAAAAAAUUACAUGACAAAAAUUCUUUAUAAAAUGUUUAUGAUUUUUACUUUGGUUUUAUCACUUUAUUCCACUCUUUUAUUUUAAGAUGACCUGCCUUGUUUAAAACACUGUAUCCAUCUUAAUUAAAUUAAAUUCCAUUUGUCAAAAAAUUAACAAAUGAUUUGCUCUAUUAUACAGUGCAGUUAUAAACUGAGUCAGUAUCUCAAGAUUUGAUCCCCAUUAUCGUCAUCUGUGGCCCUAUUUGUUUUAUAAAUGUAGUGCCUUUUUCCAUGCCUGUCACAUCUCUAUUGUUCAUUUUUCUCUUUGUUCCUUAUAGGGAGCAUUGCCUAUCUCUAGAUUAAGCAAAAGUUGCAUCUUAAAAAAGCACAAUAACCUGCUCAAUCUUUCUCACACAGACAAAUGUUUGUUAAGUAAUUAAAGUGUAGAUGAUGAUACAAAGAGCUUGAUUAAAUUAGAUGCCAAAGUACCCUUGUGAUUCAGAAUAUGAAUGGUAUUUAAUUUCUUUGAAAUCAGUAAUUGCUGAGUGACAUUAAUUAAUGCCAAUAUUUCAGAAGUUUUUCUGGUUAGUGAAAUGUGUACAACAUGUAAAAGUUUCCAAACUCUGAAGGGCAACAUUAUUCUAUAAUUAAGAAUUAAGAAUUCACAUUAAUUAUUAGGGAGAAAUAAUUAUUAAAAUUAAUGACAGAAAAUGUUUUUAUUUUUUAUUUAGAAAAUUCUUUUGUGCAUGAGCAUUACUUCAAGUUUUGCAAGAAACAAAUUUAUAGAAACAAUUAUGUGCACAAGAUGAAUUUAAUAACAUCUUGAUAUUUUCCACGAUUAGAGUUUUAUUUGGUAAAUCUUUAAAUGCAUAUCAACUAAAGAUAAUAAAUGAAUCUUGGAAAUCUUGAAGGUAAGGGUAAAUAUUAGGAUGCAUCCAAUUACAUUUACACACACAUACAGUUACAUUUACACACACAUACAUGCACACACACACUGAUACAUGUGUGUGUAUAUAUAUACAUGAAUUUACCAAUUGAUUUUAACUAAUAUUUAUAAGAGCCAGUAGGAUUGAUAUAUAUUGUUGAACCUGAAAAAUAUUUAUUAUAUACAUGUUUAAAAUACACAAAGAAAUAAAUAGUAAUUGCACUAGGCAUUUGAAACUGUACUAAAAUAUAAGCUGUGAAUAUUUUGUGAUCAUUACAAAUUCUUACACUGAAUAAAUAUUUUUAUUUUUAUAAUAUGUUUGAUACAUGUGUACAUUUUUUACAAUGUAUUAUUUUAUUUUUGUCAUAGAGUCAUGUGAUGCAUAAUAACAUUUCAAUGAUGGAUUACAUAUACAAAAGUGAUCCCAUGGGAUUAUAAUACAUAUUUUUACAUACUUUUCUAUGUUUAAGUAUGUUUAGAUACAUAAACUCUUACCACUGUGUUCUUAUUGCCGGCAGUAUUCAGUAUAGUAAUAUAGUACACAGGUUUGUAGCCUAGGGGAGAGAGGCUAUACCAUAUAACCUAGACGUGGUAGGCUGUACAAUUUAGGUGUUUGUAAUAUUCACUGUGAUGUUUACAAAACGAUGAAAAUGCCUAUGGAUGCAUCUGUUAGAACGUAUCCUAUCAUUCAGUGAUGUGUGACUGUACUAAAAUGCUCAAUGUAAGUUUCGAUGCUCUCCAUAAAAUUGCUGUCCUGUGAAAUACAAAUCUCUCACCCAUGGCCUGAAUAUGUUUGCAAACUAAGCAGAUCAUGGGAAGGAGAAUGUGUUGGCAUCGCUGGGAUGAUUUUCUCACACUACAUGAAUAAUAUCUCCAGACUUCGCGAAUAUGAGCCACCUGCGUUGAGUUAAAGCAGGUAUCUCUUUGCUGGGAAAUUUAUCAAAUGGGAGUAUGAAGUGUUUUUAAAAGAUACGUGUUUGUUUGUAGCCAGUAGGCCUACAGUGGCUCAUGGCAAUGGUUGAGGUUGCUAAAAUUUGGUGGAAGGAGGCAAAAAAAUGAAAUGGCCACUUAUAUGGUUUAUGGAUCUCUUGUUUCUGUUGAGUUACAGAUUCAGCUGGCUAUUUCUCCAAAUGUUAGUUAUUUGGAGAAAAAAACAUGAUGGUAAUUUUGGGGUAACAAAUACAAUAUUUGAUGAAAGCAAAUUUAUUGAGGGUUGGACAAACUACAAGAUACUUUAGGCUGCAAAGUCAACACGAGACUUCUGGCCCAAAUUGUGCAGACUUUGGAUCCAGCUGCAAAGUUCAAAGGAGGAGGCCAUAUAAGACGAUUCUCACUUUUAGACACCAACUGCCGGUUCAGGGGUUUCCCCAGAACACCCUCAGUUUCAAGAAUUUACUAGAGAGACUCACAGAACUCAUUGAAUUCCAUUGUACUCAUGGUUUAUAAUAGAGAAAGGGUACAAAUUAGGACCCAUCAAAGGAAGAGACAUAUCACAUAAGGUGGAAUCUAGGAGGAUUUUGAAUGUUAAGUUUCCAUUGUCUUCAGGACAUAUUACCUGUUGUUGUUGUUGUACAGCAAUAAACAUGGAGUACUGCCAACCUGGGGACCUCACCUGAUGCUAAAAAGACACUAUUUCGAAAAUGAAAAGACAAAAGAAAGGAUGAGAUAAGAUGACCUUCCACAUUAAGGCACUGGAAAAAAUACCAAAAUAAACCUAAAGCAAGCAGAAGGAAGAAAAUAAAAAUCAGACAAAUUAAUAAUUAAUAAUUUUAAUCAUAUUUGUUAGUAUUCACUAAUUGAUAUUAAUUAUUGGCUAACUUUUUUAAAAAGAGAAAUAUUCACCUCCCAAUUUAUUCUGUGGGGCCAGUGUUACCUUGAUACAAAAGUUAGUCCAAAUAGCAUGGAAAAAUAAAUCUACUAUAAUCAUAAAUGCAAAAUUCCUUUAAAAAAACUAACAAAUCUAGCAACAUAUAAAAAUAAUUAUACACUAUGACAAAGUGAAAUUUAUACUAGUAAUCCCAGGUUGGUUUAACAGCCCAAAAUCCAUUAAGGUAAUACAUCUUAUCCAUAGAAUAAGAAACGAGAAUUGCAUUAUCAUCUCAAUAGAUUCAGAAAAGACAUUUAACAAAAUCCAAAUGCUUUAAUGAUUACAAAUAAAAAUAAAAACUCAAUGAACCAGGAAUAGAGAACUUUCUACACCAGAUACAUGGCACCUGUGAAAAGCCAACAGCAAACAUUCAACUUAGUGGUGAAAGAAAGGAUAAUUUCCCACUAUGGUCAGAGAUAAGAAUAAGAUAUAUACUUUGACCUCCUCUAUGGAAUGGAAUGGAAUGGGAUGGGAUGGAAUGCAAUGCAAUGGAAUGCAAUGGAAUAAAAUGAAAUGGAAUGGAAUAAUGAAAUGUGAGCUGAGAUUGUGCCACUGCGCUCCAGUCUGGGUGACAGAGUGAAAUACUCUUGAAAGAAAGGAAUGGAAUGGAAUGCAAUGGAAUGGAAUGGAGUGAACUGGAGUGGAGUGGAGUGAAAUGGAGAGGAAUGGAAUGGGAUGGAAUGGAAUGGAAUGAAGUGGAGUGGAGUAGGGUGGAGUAGAGUGCAGUGGAAUGGAGCGGAAUAGAAAGUGAUGGAAUGGAAAGGAGUCAAGUGGAGUGCAGUGGAGUGGAGAGGAGUGGAAGGGAGUGGAAUGGAAUCAGAUGUAAUGGAAUGUAGUGGAGUGGAGAGGAGUGGAAGGGAGUGGAAUGGAAUCGGAUGUAAUGGAAUGUAGUGGAGUGGAGUGGAAUGCAGUGGAAUGGAAUGGAAUUGAAUGGAAUGGAGUGGAAUGGAAUGGAAUGGAGUGGAAUGGAAUGGAAUGGAAUGCAAUGGAAUAGAAUGCAAUGCAAUGGAAAGCGGACAUGUAAUAUGAGCUGAGAUUGUGCCACUGCACUCCAGCCUGGGUGACACAGUGAUAUCCUUUUGAAAGAAAGGAAUGGAAUGGAAUGGAGUGAAAUGGAAUGGAAUGGAGUGGAGUGGAGUGGAGUGGAAUGGAAUGGAAUGGAAUCGAACCGAAUAGAAUGGAAUGGAAUGGAAUGGAAUGGAAUCAAAUCAAAUGGAAUGGAAUGGGAGCUGAGACUGUGCCACUGCACUCCAGGCUGGGUGACAGACUGAGAUACGCUCGAAAGAAAGGAAUGGAAUGGAAUGCAGUGGAAUGGAAUACAGUAGAAUGGAAUGGACUGCAGUGGAGUGGAGUGGGGUGGAGUGGAGAGGAGUGGAGUGGAGUGGAGUAAAAUCGAAUGGAAUGGAGGGGAAUGGAAUGGAAUGGAAUGUAGUGGAGUGGAGUGGAGUGGAAUGGGGUGGAGUGGAGUCUAGUGGAAUGGAGUGGAGUGCAGUGGAAUGGAAUGGAAUGGAAUUGAAUGGAACAGACUGGAGUGGAGUGGAGUGGACUGGAAUGGAAUGGAAUGGACUCAAAUGGAAAGGAAUGAACUUGAAUGGAAUGGAAUGGACUCGAAUGGAAUCAUCAUCGAAGGGACUCGAAUGGAAUCACAAUCGAAUGGAAUUGAAGGGAAUCAUCAUCAAAUGGAAUCGAAUAGACUCAUCAUUGAAUGGAAUCGAAUGGAAUCAUCAUAGAAUGGAAUUGAAUGGAAUCAUCGAAUGGAAUUAUCAUCGAAUGGAAUCAUCAUAGAAUGGAAUUGAAUGGAAUCAUCGAAUGGAAUAAUCAUCGAAUGGAAUCCAAUGAAAUCAUCAAAUGGAAUCGAAUGGAAUCGUCAUCGAAUGGACUCGAAUGGAAUCAUCAUCAAAUGGACUUGAAAGAAAUCAUCGAAUGGAAUCAAAUGGAAUCAUCAUCGAAUGGACUCGAAUGGAAUCAUCAUCGAAUGGACUUGAAUGGAAUCAUCACCAAAUUGAAUCGAAUGGAAUCAUCAUCAAAUGGAAUCGAAUGGAAUCAUCAACGAAUGGAAUCGACUGGAAUCAAAAUUGAAUGGAAUCAAAUGGAAUCAUCGAAUGGAAUUGAAUGGAAUCUUCGAAUUGAAUCAAAUGGAAUCAUCAUCGAAUGCAAUAGAGUGGAAUCAUCGAAUGGCAUUCAAAGGAAUCAUUUCUGAAUGGAAUCGAUAGAAAUCAUCUAAUGGAAUCGAAUGGAAUCAUAGAAUCGAAAUGAAUGGAAUCAUCAUCACAUGGAAUCGAAUGGAAUCAUCAAAUGAAUUGAACGGAAUCAUCAAAUGAAAUCAAACGGAAUCAUCAUCGAAUGGACUCCAACAGAAUCAUCAACGAAUUGACUCGAAUGGAAUCUUCUUCGAGUGGACUCUAAUGGAAUCACAAUCGAAUGGACUCGAAUGGAAUCAUCAACGAAUGGAAUCAAAUGGAAUCAUCAUCGAAUAGAAUCGAAUGGAAUCAUCGAAUGGAAUUGAAUGGAAUCGAAUGGAAUCAUCAUCGAAUGGAAUCGAAUGGAAUCACCAUCAAAUGGAAUCGAAUGGAAUCAUUAUCGAAUGGAAUCGAAUGGAAUCAUCAACGAAUGGAAUUGAAUGGAAUCAUCAUCAAAUGGAAUCGAAGGGAAUAAUCAAAUGGAAUUGAAUGGAAUCGAAUGGAAUCAUUGAAUGGAAUCGAAUGGAAUCAUCAUCGAAUGCAAUUGAAUGGAAUCAUCGAAUGGAAACGAAAGGAAUCAUCAUCGAAUGGAAUUGAUAGGAAUCAUUGAAUGGAAUCGAAUGGAAACAUCAUUGAAUGGAAUCGAAUGGAAUCAUUGAAUCAAAUCAAAUGGAAUCAUCAUUGAAUGGAAUUGAAUGUAAUCAUCGAAUGGAAACCAAUGGAAUCAUCAUCAAAUGGAAUCGAAUGGAAUCAUCGAAUGGAAUUGAAUGGAAUCAUCAUCAAAUGGAAUCGAAUGGAAUCGAACGGAAUCUUGAUCGAAUGGACUCGAAUGGAAUCUCCUUCAAAUGGAUUCGAAUGGAAUCAUCAUCGAAUGGACUUGAAUGGAAUCAUCAUCGACUGGAAUCAAAUGGAAUCAUCAUCGAAUGGAAUCGAAUGGAAUCACAUUGAAUGAAAUCAUUGAAUGGAAUCGAAUGGACUCAUCAUCAAAUGGAAUCGAAUGGAAUCACCAAAUGGAAUCAAAUGGAAUCAUCAUCGAAUGGAAUCGAAUGGAAUCAUGGAAUGGAAUUGAAUGGAAUAAUCAUCGAAUGGAAUCCAAUGGAAUAAUCAUAGAAUGGCAUCCAAUGGAAUCAUCAUCGAAUGGAAUCGAAUGGCAUCCUUAACGAAUGGAAAAAUCAUCGAAUGGACACGAACGGAAUCAUCAUCGAAUGGACUCGAAUGGAAUCUUCUUUGAACGGACUCGAAUGGAAUCAUCAUUGAAUGGACUCAAUUGGAAUCAUCAUCGAAUGGAAUCAAAUGAAAUCAUCAUUGAAUGGAAUCGAACAGAAUCAUCGAAUGGAAUCGAAUGGAAACAUCAUCGAAUGGAGUCGAAUGGAAACUUUGAAUGGAAUCGAAUGGAAUCAUCAUCGAAUGGAAUCAUUGAAUGGAAUCUAAUGGAAUCAUCAUCGAAUGGAAUCAUCAAAUGGAAUCGAAUGGAAUCAUCCUCGAAUAGAAUCAAAUGGAAUCAUCGAGUGGAAUUGAAAGGAAUCAUAAUAUAAUGGAAUCGAACAAAAUCAUCAAAUGAAAUCGAAUAGAAUCAUCGAACGGAAUCGAAUCAAAUCAUCAUCAAAUGCAUUCAAAUGGAAUCAUCGUCAAAUGGUAUCAAAAGGAAUCAUCAUUGAAUGGAAUCAAAUGGAAUAAUCAUCGAAAGGAAUCAUCGUUGAAUGGAAGCGAAUGGAAUCAUUGAAUGGAAUCAAAUGGAAUCGAAUGGAAUCAAAUGGAAUCGAAUGGAAUCAUCAUCAAAAGAAAUCUAAUGGAAUGAUUGAAUGGAAUCGAAUGGAAUCAUCAAAUGGAAUCGAAUGGAAUCAUCAUCGAAAGAAAUUGAAUGGAAUCAUCGAAUGGAAUCAUCAUCAAAUGGAAUCGAAUGGAAUCAUCAAAUGGAAUCGAAUGGAAUCAUCAUCGAAUGGAAUCAUCAAAUGGAAUAGAAUGGAAUCUUCAUCAAAUGGAAUCGAACAGAAUCAUCGAAUGGAAUCGAGUGGAAUCAUCAUCGAAUGGAAUCGAAUGGAAUCAUCGAAUGGAAUCGAAUGGAAUCAUCAUCAAAUGGAAUCGAAUGGAAUAGAAUGGAAUCUUCCUCGAAUGGAAUCGAAUGGAAUCAUCAAAUGGAAUCGAAUGGAAACAUCAUCGAAUGGAAUCAAAUGGAAACUUCGAAUGGAAUCGAAUGAAAUCAUCAUCGAAUGGAAACAUCGAAAGGAAUUGAAUGGAAUCAUCAUUGAAUGGAAUUGAAUGGAAUCAUCAUUGAAUGGAAACGAAAGGAAUCAUCAUCAAAUGGAAUCCAAUGGAAUCAUCGAAUGGAUUCCAAAGGAAUCAUCAUCAAACGGAAUCGAAUGGAAUCAUGAAAUGGAAACCAAUGGACUCUUCAUCGAAUGGAAUCAAAUGGAAUCGUCAUUGAAUGGAAUCGAAUGGAAUAAUCAUCGAAUGGUAUCAAAUGGAAUCAUCAUCGAAUGGUAUCCAAUGGAAUCAUCAUCAAAUGGAAACAAAUGAAAUCAUCAUUGCAUGGAAUCGAUUAGAAUCAUCAUCGAAUGGAAUCAAACGGAAUCAUCAUCAAAGGGAAUCGAAAGUAAUCAUCAUCGAACGGAAUAGAAUUUAAUCAUCAUCAAACGUAAUUGAAAGGAAUCAUCAUUGAAUGGAAUGGAAUGGAAUCAUCGUCAAAUGGAAUCGAAUGGAAUCAUGAUCGAAGGGAAUCGAAUGGAAUCAUCAUUGAAAUGAAUCGAAUUUAAACAUCUUUGAACAGAAUCAAAUGGAAUUAUCAUCGAAUGGAAUCAAAUGGAAUCAUCAUCGAAUGGAAUCAAAUGGAAUCAUCAUCGAACAGAAUCGAAUCAUCAUUGAAUGCAUCAAAUGGAAACAUCAUCAAAUGGAAUCAAAUGGAAUCAUCAUCAAAUGGAAUCAAAUUGAAUCAUCAUCGAAUGGUGUCAUCUUCUAAUGGAAUCGAAUGGAAUCAUUGAAUGGAAUUGAAUGAAAUCAUCAUCAAAUGGAAUCGAAUGGAAUCAUCGAAUGGAAUCGAAUGGAAUCACUGAAUGGAAUCGAAUGGAAUUAUCAUCAAAUGGAAUCGAAUGGAAUCAUUGAAUGGAAUCAAAUGGAAUCAUCAUCAAAUGGAAUCGAAUGGAAUCAUUGAAUGAAAUCGAAUGGAAUCACUGAAUGGAAUUGAAUGGAAUUAUCAUCAAAUGGAAUCGAAUGGAAUCAUUGAAUGGGAUUGAAUGGAAUCUUCGAAUGGAAUCAAAUUGAUUCGAAUGGAAUCGAGUGGAAUCGAAUUGAAUCGAAUCGAAUGGAAUCAAAUGGAAUCAUCAAAUGGAAUCGAAUGAAAUAAUCAUUGAAUGGAAUCAAAUGGAUUCAUCAAAUAUAAUAGAAUGGAAUCAUUCCAUGAAAUCAAAUGGAAUUAUCAUCGAAUGGAAUCGAAUGUAUUCAUCGAAUGUAAUAGAAUGGAAUCAUUCUAUGAAAUCGAAUGGAAUUAUCAUCGAAUGGAAUCGAAUGGAAACCUCAAAUGGAAUUGAAAGGAAUCAUCAUCAAAUGGAAUCGAAUGGAACCAUCGAAUGGAAUCGAAUGGAAUUAUCAUCGAAUGGAAUCGAAUGGAAUCAUCAUCGAAUGGAAUCGAGUGGAAUCAUUGAAUGGAAUCCAAAGUAAUCAUCAUCGCAUGGAAUCGAAUGGAAUCAUCAAAUGGAAACCAAUGGACUCUUCAUCAAAUGGAAUCAUCGAAUGGUAUCGAAUAGAAUCAUCAUCAAAUGGAAUCGAAUGGAAUCAUCGAAUGGAAUCAAAUGGAAUCAUCAUCGAAUGGAAUCGAAUGGAAUCAUCAAA